AUGGAUGAUGAUGACCUACCGAGGGUGGAAGAUGGACCACCCGAAGAAAAGGUGAAUAUCUACUCUGUGCCCCCAUUUUCAUAUUACGUGGUGCCAAAGGGGGACGAUCCACCUGAAGAUAAACUUCUUUGCACGGAUUCCAACGCGAACAAGGAGCAUUCCAAAACGAAGCCACUCAUGGCGGAUAAGGCGUAUGUGCCCCGUGCGGAGAUGCAACCACUUCCCCCACAGUAUGUCGGCCGCCGCCUCGAGCAGCAACGGUAUGUGACGCUUAUGAACAAACCGUAUCGUGUUCCCUUGUGGGAUCAGGCGUGCCUUAAGUACAUUUUUGGAGGCAUGUUUGAAGGUAGUAUUGAUAUCAUGGAGUUUUUUUCUCUCAGCAAGAUGGCUAUUAUGAUCGUCGUUAACUGCUCCACAGUGGCCAUCAAUGUUUUUCAAGAUACAGCGUCCAUGGAAUACCUCAAGUGGGUCAUGGUAAUGGCAAAGGUGGUCUUUUGUAUCGAGUUUGGGGUAGUUUACUUUCUGCUGUUUUUUAUGUUAUGCGUAAUUCUCGAGGCGGCGAUACGUGAUAAUAUCGGUACCAAUCUUGCAGGCGACAUUGCUGUGCUUGCAAACAAGAUUUCCACAUUCUCUGCUUUGCGUGUGGUGUCUAUUGUAUCUCCGACGUACGCCAUGAACAAGAUCCUUCCAAUGGCGCAGAACGCUUUUGGUCUUGUGGAUUACAUAAAGAUACUUGUAUGCCUUUUACUGUGGAUCUGUGCUUGUGGACUAGCAGCGGCAGCGGUUGUGAUGAAGGUGACCCAGAUUGACUUUGCAAGUACAAAGAGCAUCCGUGACUGGAGUUUAACCGAGGUAAUCCAGCUCAUUGGUCUCACAAUGAACUUGGCACGCGUCGACGACUCAUACUUUACAGAGACCCGUGUGCUUCUUGACGCUGUGCAUCGCCACUUCUGCCGACCGGGGCGCCCGAAGGACGGGCUAAAUCGAACUGAGUGUUUGUAUACACGCGUGUGCGACCUCUUCGGUAUCUCUCGUUACUCGAAGUAUGAGUACUUUGACGUCAUAUUCAACUAUCACUUUGAGUGCGAUCACCCCCAGACCAAAUUAACGACACGUAUGAAACUCCGAAAAAUGCUGAACUAUCUGGCUUUUAUAUUUCGAAUGGAUAAUACUGUUAUACGCCGCUUUCUCCAGAUGAUACAAUCACCACUGCCGUUCUAUCAGAUGGGACGUGACACUUUUAUGAUUUCAUUCAAGGAACGCGACACUUUAGGAAUGGAGAUUGCACUGUGGCGCAGCGACCCAGACUCCGUACCAACGCAAAUGUUCGGGAGAAAGCAUGAGGAUCAGUUUAAUCUCACCUACGAAUGUGAAGAGUGCCGCCACAUGUGGGAUGCAGAGAACCUUGGCCACAUUGACCCCAACGCAAGCUCGGAAAAGCGAUUUUGUGAGGUUGUUUUAAAUGCGGGCCUCACGCCCCCCUGA